UAAAAAGUUCACAUAUUUUUAAAGCAAAACAAACGUUGAAUUUUUGAAAAGAUUAAAAACACCCUUCAUAUUCCCAAUAGCAUAUUCGUCAAACAAAAAAUCCGAGGGAGUGGUAGUUUCGGCUCAGCAGAUUCGACGCAGCACAUUUGGUCAGCCAGUUAUUGGGGGGAAAAAUGAUAGAAGCAACGUGAAAAACGCAAGGAUUAAAACGACCUCGAAUAUUAUUACUGAGUCCCCCUUCCCUUUGGGAGAAGCGGAAAGCGGAGCUAUACAGUAGAAUGGAAUGUGCGGCAGCGGAUAGGGCGACGCUGCCGGGAGGGAGUGGAAGGUAUUCCAGACCCCCAGCCUUGGCCCAGAUGGGGGAUGUCUCCUCCCACUGGGUCAGUUUUCAGCCCCUCCACUGUUGUGCUGGCCGUCUGAGCCCAGAGGUGCCUUUGAGGCAGAAGACUACAAGUGUGAUGUGUGAAUGGACCAAAGGCAGGGCCUGAUCCAAGUCCCCUUAAAGUCAAUGGAAGAUUUGCCGCUGACUGCAGCAGGAGUUGGAUCUGCUCCAUAAAGUCACUCAGACUUGGGGGGGAUAGCUCAGUGGUUUGAGCAUUGGCCUGCUAAACCCAGGGUUGUGAGUUCAAUCCUUGAGGGGGCCACUUAGGAAUCUGGGGCAAAACCAGUACUUGGUCCUGCUAGUGAAGGCAGGGGGCUGGACUCAAUGACCUUUCAAGGUCCCUUCCAGUUCUAGGACAUGGGAUAUCUCCAUUAAUUUAAAAAUUUAGUCUGUCGCCUCAUACUGCUUUUGUUCUGUGGUCAACCACAUACACAUUAAAAUCUCAUUUGUUUUCAAGCUCCCACCUUUCAGGCCCGCAAGGCCCUGGAAGGAAUCUCUGUCAGAUGUGGAUUUGCAACCUCUAACAUGGCUUUCCAGAGUCUGUGAUUAUCUACAGCGCUCCAGUGGAAGAACAGUAACUGCAGCAAAUGGCUCCAUAUACAAAUAAGUACACCUAUGAUCCACUUUAAUUUGAUUUAACAAUAGCAUUAAACUAUACAAUCCUCCUCUGAGUUCUUUUAAAACUAGAGCUCAUGGCCUUUCAGACCCAUCUGUGAUAGCUAUCCAGUUCGUGGCCCAAUGUAACAUUUCAAAUGGAGUUCAAGUGCCUUUCAGCUUCAGGUCUAGGGAAAUUAAAAAAGAAAAGCAUUAAAAGAACAAUCCCCAGACUUAGGAACAUUGAAAUACUAUUGUGUAAAGCUGAGGAAAAUAUUUGAUGUGUUGCUAUUUUGCCAUGUCUGAAAAUGAUGGGUUGGAAGAAGAUAUUUGGGAGUACAAAUCCAUUCGGAAACCAAAGUCAGUAUAUCAAAAUAAUAAUUCAGUGAACAUCUCUACAUCUGUGCAGAAAGCAAAUGAUGGGAAGUGCAAAUCAAAAGGAAGUGGAGGUAGGAAUAAUAAAAAAACAUUUGAAAACAAGGACAAGUCUAAGAAAACUGAACAGGGACCAAGACAGAAAUGUAUUCAACCACUUAUAAACCCUGACCAGAACUUAAAUCUAUCUAAAGAUGGCCAUAUUGUGCAGUCCCAGGAAAGUGAAACUACGCCAACAAAGCGAAGCAGGACUUGUAACAAAAAACAAACCACACCAAAUGCAAGGCCAGUUUAUGAUGGAUACUGCCCAAGCUGCCAGAUGCCUUUCUCUUUACUGUUAGCCCAGACACCUCGGUGGCAUGUUACUGAAUGUUUGGACACUCAAGGAUCCACAGAAAAAGAGUGUCCUGAUGGUCUACUGUGCACUUCCACCAUUCCAUCGCACUACAAGCGCUAUACCCAUUUCAUACUUGCUACAAGCAGAGCAGGGGAUUAUUUUGCCAGCUCUUCAACAUAUAGCCCAGAGAGAAAGUUCACAUGCUCUGAUGCUACUAACUCAAGCUGUUUCUCAGGCCUUGUGGAUGGAACCUCACAGCAUGAGAAACUGACCAGGAAUGUAAGAAAUGCCUCAAAUGAGGAUCAUACAUUGGUGAUACAGAGUUCAACACAAGCAAAAUCUCCAAAUGUAACCAAUGUAAAUACUGUGUCUUCCACAAACAUUCUAAAGCCCCAACAGACUCUUCUACUUACACAGUCUGCAGAUGAUAAUGGCCAGCUUGACUCUUUGGAUUUUCCAUUUUCUCAAGGAAGCGAAGCUAGUGGAGAUCUGGAUAGUCAGAAUGAUUCUAAUCAGUUAAAGCUGCUACUUCCAGAAGCUGACUUCAGUGACUGUGAAAUUUCCUACUCUCCACUUAAUACUGAUGAGGAAAAUGAAGAGGAAACAGAGGAGGAGGAGGAGAAGAAAGUAAAAAAUUCACAAAAGAGAUUAUUUCACACCCAGAACUCUGAAGAUGAGAGCCCCAAAAAGGAGGAAUCUAGCUGUAUGUCGUUUACUAAAUUGGAUUGUUCUCCACUUCAGCAAGUACACAGGUAUGGCUGCCUUAAGCUAGGUGGUUUCAUAAUACAAAAUGAACCUUGUGAAGAAUUGAAUGGACUGAGUAGUUUAGAUGGUUUUGUUAAGCCUGUUUCUCAGGAGCACAUGAACAACAUGUUCUCUAAUUCAGGAAGUGCUGCUAAUCAGUUAAAACACCCACAAGGGGCACUGACUGCACAAUCCUCUCUUUCCCUUAAUUAUGAGAUAACUAAGAAGGAAUUUGAUUGGCCAACAUUCAGUGCCUCUGUUUCUAAUACAGGUAAUUUGGAGCUAAAAGAUUUUAAUACUUGCCAUUUGGAUUAUGCAAACUUGGCUGUGGGUGAUCUAUCAUUGUCCUUGAAAGUCAAAGAAGAAGGUGGUAAAUCUUUUCUGUCAAGGCAAAGUGAAGUUUCGAAGGAACCUAGUAACUUCCUAAUCAAUAGAAAUAAAAUGACUACUAACACAAGUGGAACUACAUUAUACCAGAAGAGUUCACAGCCAGUAAUAGAGGAAGAAGGAAGUCUUCCUAAUACAGCGGCUGUACCCCUUCCCAGUACGAUCUCUCAAAUGCUGCCAUCUGUUUCUGUUGCAAAUGUGAAAGCCAAAUCUAUUUCAGCCAAAGAACUGAAACAAAUGGACAUUGGUGUUUUCUUUGGGUUAAAACCCAAAGCAAAAGAAGAGAACAAAGGAAAGAAACAUUUUGGUGAGGGAACACAAGCCUCAAGUCCUAUAACUCCCAAUGGAAAGAGGCCCAGACAACAAAAGAGAAAAGCUGAAGGAUCUGUGGGGGACAUAGAUGCGGUCACAGAAAGCUCAAAUAAAAAUGGAGUCUGUGUAGAUACAACAUCUGGUGUGAAGCGAAGUUGGAGAAAAAGAUUUAGAGAAUCAUCUUCUACCGAAGAAGGAACAAAAAACAAAAAGUGUCCCUUUUAUAAGAAGAUACCAGGAACUGGUUUUACAGUUGAUGCAUUUCAGUAUGGAGAAAUCGAAGGUUGCGUAGCCUAUUUCCUCACUCAUUUCCAUUCUGAUCAUUAUACUGGCCUAACAAAAAAAUGUACAUUUCCAAUCUAUUGUAAUAAGAUAACUGGCAACUUGGUGAAGAGUAAACUUCGAGUGCAAGAACAGUAUGUCCAUACAUUGCCAAUGGAUACAGAGUGUAUAGUGAAUGGAAUCAAAGUGGUCCUGCUUGAUGCCAAUCAUUGUCCAGGUGCCACAAUGAUCCUUUUUUGCCUUCCCAAUGGAACUGUCAUGCUGCACACUGGGGACUUCAGGGCAGAUCCUUCUAUGGAGCAAUGUCCUCUUCUGAUCAGUCGAAAGAUUCACACCCUGUACUUGGAUACUACAUACUGCAGUCCUGAAUAUACUUUUCCUUCUCAACAAGAGGUUAUCCAGUUUGCUAUCAACACUGCCUUUGAGACAGUAACUCUAAACCCACGUACAUUGGUCGUCUGUGGAACCUAUUCCAUUGGAAAAGAAAAGGUCUUUCUAGCAAUUGCUCAAGUUCUGGGCUCUAAAGUGAGCAUGUCCCAAGAUAAAUACAAAACACUGCAGUGCUUAGAGUCUGCAGCUGUUAAUUCCCUCAUCACCAUGGACUGGAACAAUACUUUGCUUCACCUUCUUCCCAUGAUGCAAAUUAAUUUUAAGGGCUUGCAGAACCACUUAAACAAGUUCUCAGAGAAGUUUGACCAAGUUCUGGCUUUCAGGCCCACUGGAUGGACGUACUCCGAUUCAUGUCACACUCUGGCAGAUAUCAAACCUCAGACCAGGGGAAAGAUCACCAUAUAUGGGAUUCCUUACAGUGAACACAGCAGUUACCUAGAAAUGAAACGAUUUGUCCAGUGGCUCAAGCCACAGAAAAUCAUCCCCACUGUAAAUGUCGGUGACUGGAGAGCCAGAAACAUGAUGGAGAAGCAUUUUAGAGACUGGAAGAUGGAGCCUACUCAGCAGAGGGAAGAAUGUACGUUCCAAAGGACGUGUGCUGGGGGAGGGACUGAACUACCCAGGACUUUUAUCUAGCCUUCCUUUUUCUAUGAAGCCUCUUUGAGAAGAAACAAGCUGCCAUUCUCCUGCAAGAGAGAGUACGGUCAUAUUCUCCCCCAAGUGAGCCUAACUUUCCUAUGUAACCAUUAGCCUAUUUUCUCCUAGCUUACACUUUCAAAAAAACUGCAAAUGUGUCUGACGCUGAAUACUUUUCCAAAAUAACCUGAAUUUGCUUUCCACCAAACUAUCCAGUAAAACACUUAAGGACUUUCAUAAGUUUAAGCACCUAAAUAGUCCCAUUGACUUCACUGGGACUGCUCAGAUGCUUAAAGUUCGGCACAUGCUGAAGUGCUGGAUUACAGCCUAAGUUUCACUCCUCUUUGCCAUCUUUUACUGGCAUGAUAUGGCUUUAGGAUGUUGCAGAGCUCAAGGAAAGAAACUGAACCAUGAUUAUUACCAGUGUGUCAGAAUUAUACACUCUUUCUGAUAUCCGUCUAAUGUCCAGAUGUAUGACACUGGCCUUUAAAAUGGGGAACAGACCACCCCAUUUUACUAAAGGUACAAAAGGACAUUUGAAUUAAGGUGGUAUUAAUCAUUUAAAAGGAGGUGGAGUUUUCUGUCAUUUCAGUACCAAAUCAAGCGUUUCUGAGAAAUGACUGAGGGGAUGACAUCAGUUCAUGUGGCACUGUGUAAAUUCUGAGGGCAGGUUGUUGCAUUGGGAGGGAGAGCUGAGGGGUUGUAACACUAAUGUUUUCACAUAUCUGCAAACUUUACACCGUAACAGAGGACCAGUUUGGGCUGCUACAGUAUUGUGCAGUUAGGCACUUUGUAGAAAAUAAUGAAUGUUUAUAAAGAUACUCCCAUCCUUGUGUAUUUUUAACGUUCAAUAUAUGUACAAUUUUUAUAAAUCUAUUUUAAAUAAAGACUCUAAA